AUGUCAUACUAAUUUCACAUGCAAAGUCCAAGUAUCUAGUAUAAAUCGGUAAAAUCAAAUUGAAACCAGCAAAUUGAACCAGGCUUAUCUACUGGAAUCAGUAAAAAUUGACUUUGACGCACAUCGCCUAGCAUAAAUGCACUCGAUCAGAACAUUACCUAUCUUGGGGAAUCUUUUUCGGUUGUGUACGUUACAAUUUACAUAAUUGCGCUCGAUUACUCUCCACUUAUUAAUUGACGAGCCAUGGCAAAGUCUUUUCCCGGAGCUGUCGAAGUGCAAACUGCCGAAGAAUCAAUUAGAUCAGAUCUCUUUUCAGUGUACAUGGCUUUCAACAAGCUUGACAAUUGUCUGUUCAGCGACGGUGAGGGGUAAACUAUCACGACAUAAUCUAACCACACGUGAAUCAGCUGGACUUCAGAAAAACUAAUAACAAACGUUACCAAAGGAGAUGUUCAGACCACUGCGAGAAGUAGAUUGGAAAUUCCUUCAUCGUUCGUUAAUCUACUACCAAUCCAAAACGAUUUGCCCCUAAUCGUACAACAUCCGCGACAGUGCGAUUUCUGCUUUAUCACAACAAUCCAGCUAGCUCUUCGUCGAUAAAGUAUCUUUCGAGAGCCAUGAUUAGACUAACUGGUGACCUUGUGGAUUUUUGGGAAGAUUUGUCUUAAUCCUUGAAUAAUGUGCUGAAGGACUGCAAGCGUUGGUCCCUAAAACCAGUCAAGAUUUCGACCGGAUCCUUAUAAACUACCAGUGCUUGAUCUGUUCGAUCUCAAGCACUUUGGCCUGAGCCUGAAUCCGACAUUUUCGCCAAGCAAGCGAUAAACAGGUAGCACGUCCAGUUUUUUGCCGGACUCACAGCGCUAUACUUGUUGUAAGGCACACGUAGUGAAUACCUUACCCUUCGUGUCAGUAGUCGGCUGUGUAGCUAUGUUGUCGUUCUUGUACGUCUCCACACUCCUCUUGAAGGGCUCAUGCAGUCCUAAAUUACUUGUAUAACUUAAUCAAGAAUGUGUCUAGCAUCAUGACUAUUGAGCAGCGCAGUGACUUGGUUUGUAGUCUCUAAGAUGUUUAACAAGUAGCGCAGUAGACACGUCGUCGACGAGGGUUGGAGAGAGCCGAUAAGGACGCUGAUGUGGCAAUGGUAUCAUCAUGUCUCCAUAUUAGUAGAAAAAUUAAUGAGAAGGAUAAAACUGGUUUCAUAGGCUUGACGCGGAAUACUUAUACGGGUAGAACCGUAUCGAUUCAGCGUACGCAAAUCAAAACUCGAGCUCUCAACAUGUUUAUCUUCACUCGAUUAUAAACAUUGUCCAAAUAUUGUUCACCCACAGCCAGCCAUUUAUCAGUGAAGUAAUAUCUUUCUUCCAUGUGUUUCUUUAAAUUUCAGAAUCGUUGAGCGUCUUCGUAUCGCUAUGAAGAGUGGAUGUCACGAUUGCCCCUGCCAUACUCUCAAGACCUUUGGUCGUAUGCUCAUGGGAAAUACCAUCAAGUGAGGCUAAAACGACUUUUCCGAGAUGUUCUUGUCAGUCAUGAGAAUUAUAUCAGUAAUCGUAUCGUCAUAAGAUGUUACCUCAAGGAAAUCGGCGACGGAGGCACCAACACCAGUAUCUGUGAGAAGAACGGCGCAUACCACUGCCGAGUAACUUGUACAAUGUGGUACUUACAUCUUCUCGAAACAAGAGGUGUUAAGCUGUAGAGCCAAUUCAAAACACAUUGUUCGCAGUGAUACUACAAUCACAAAAUUUAAAGCAAUUUUGAGCCACCCGAAAGUUGCGACUUGCAAGGUUGUACACGUCCACAUGGCAAUAUUUCAACAACGCUACGAGAUACUUCAGUUUCACCGUCAAAAUUUCAUUCCAGGCGAAGCAGAUCGUAACACGCGUAGGAAGUAUACAGCGGUAGAAAAGACUUUAGUUUUAAGAGCUCCGACAGAUUAUCGAAGAAUAGCAUCUUUAUCGAUGCUUAAAACGGGCCUCUGAGCGUAAAGCGCACUAUGGUCCUAGGAAAAACGCACUUGUUUACAGGUUGAGCAUUGACAUGUGCUGAAUAUUAGCACUUCAUAGCUGUCACAGUUGCUAUCCUAUAAUACUCAUUCAGAGGGUUGUAG